CACAUCAUGACUAUCAUUUCGGUGUUUGCUCACUUUAUAGCAUCUCUUGAUGUCAAAAUUGAUGAUAUCACGGAAUCUCCUUUCACCCCAUUCUACAAGACAAACUACAACACUUCAUCGAGCAUCGAGAGGAGCCAGCUUAACGACAUCAUUGGGAGGAUAAACGGAGCAAUAGACGGUAUUGACUCUGUUAUCGAGCAACUCGCCGAACGCAAAGUCGUGCUUGAAUCCACAAAACGCGAACACUCUCGAUUCCGCUCAGUUGUAGGACGGAUACCGGAGGACGUGUUGUCCAUCAUCUUCGAGUACAGCAGCCUUGCACAAGCAAGCGGCGAAUACGGCGUCUACAAGCACAGGUCCUCGCUCUCCUUCAACUUCUCCGACACUUGUCGACGCUGGCGGACUGUUGCACGCGGCAAUCCAAAACUAUGGAACAACAUCUUUCUCAAUGCAAGUAGAUUUUCACCGGACACAAUGUCUCCUCAAUUCUCUGAGCUGGCGUUGAGGUGUCGCCUACAUCCUGUCUACUUGCUUAUUCUCAAUUCGGCCCUUCGCCGGAUGAAGAAUAUUGCUCAAAGCGGAAUACUCAAAGGGCUGAGGAAUACCUGUCAGGGGUUGGAGUUACACUUUUGCGACAAGAGGGGCCUUCUCCCAAGCCAGCUGGAUGAUUAGCUUGGCCAAAACUUCCCCAAUCUAACGUCUUUAUCUCUGACGAGUCAUAUUUCUCGUGAGCCAAUUCUGGCAAAUCAUCCGCCGCUUCCAGCUCUUUCUCGGUUAACCAACCUCUACGUUCAUUUUACUGAAGAGAAGAAGCUCCAAGAAAUUGGCAUCCGCGCUAUCUAUCGCAUUCGAUUACCCGUUUUGCGACGCUUGAUCAUUCGCAUUACUCCAACACCCGUCUCAAUAUCCGUGGACAUCAGUCAGCUGGCUACUAGCUUUCCUGGCUUAGAGGAACUUCAUAUCCACGCCCUUUUCCUUCGAGAAUCAUCGAGCGUUGAUGCUACGGCGUCUUCUACGACACCUCAAGAUGCUCCACAGUUCUCUCAACU